UGGCAACGCUGUUGAAAGGCACAUUGCGCCGGCAAAAUACUUGUAUAUUUUUGUUUUUUAUUAAUUUUAUUAAAUACAUUUCAUUGUUUAAAUGGAUGUCUACUGCUUUGACUUUUUGGGUUUCCAGGAGACCCUAAGGAAGAUGCGCGAUGUGGAUGAUAAAAUUAUAUACGCUCUUAAUGCGCUUCCUACCGAGUCGUUCAAGGGUCAAGUGAAUAGCGAGGGUACGUGCCGAGAUCUGUACGCUAAGCUGCAGCAAUCCCAUCAAUCUCGGCAAAACAACAUUCGCAAUUGCAUAACUUUUUCAGCGACAACACUGAAGAAUCUACGCGAGAAACGGGUGUCGAACCCCAAUGAUGUUGAGACUGAUAGUAAAUUUAAAGCGGAGCAACGCAAGCUGAGAGUACUGCAAUCCGAACUUAAUGUGGAGGAUAUUAUAAAGGAACGGACUUACAAGGCAUUUAAUGAACGUUGCAGAGCAUAUUUCCAUGCUGAAUAAAUUUUCGGGUUAAGUGCAAAAAUAAACAGCAUUUCGAUGCGCCACGAAGAUAGUGCAGCAAA